GCGAGUAGUGCUUUAUUGAGUCGUGUCGCGAUCUACUUUCUCCACCAAACAACAAACCACCGAAGCUCCGCCUCAGUAUCUCAGUCUCUCUCUCUCUCUCUCUCUCUCUCUCUCUCUCUCAUGGCAGUCGCUACCUUCUGCAGCCUCUCUCCGCGCUCCCUGCAUUUUCGCUCGCCGAACCACCACCAUCACUACCAUAAGAGCUUCACUGUCAUUAAUCCCCGUAUCUCCACUUCUAAAUUCUCUACUCGCUCUCUCACUUGGUCCACUUCUGGUAACCGAUUCCACACCAUUCUCGUUUUUUCUUCCGGCCACGGUGGAGGAAACAGCGGUUCGGUUGGUGGUGGUGGAGGGGGAGGAGGAGGAGGGGAUGGGAGAAAUAAUGAUGAAGACGGCGAUGCUGGUUCCCGCAACCGGACCGAAGCCAUUUUGGCAUUGGCAGAGGUAGGGAGGUCAUUGGAGAGCUUGCCGAAGGACUUGGCUGGAGCGAUUGAGACCGGAAGAGUUCCGGGAUCGAUUGUUCGUAGGUACUUUGAGCUUGAGAAGUCUCCAUUGUUCAGAUGGUUGCUUCAAUUUGGUGGAUUUAAGGAACGGUUGCUUGCUGAUGAUCUGUUCUUAACUAAGGUUGGAAUCGAAUGUGGUGUUGGGAUCUUCACCAAGACAGCAGCUGAAUUGGAAAAACGGAGAGAGAAAUUUACCAAGGAGCUGGAUUUUGUUUUUGCUGAUGUGGUGAUGGCCAUAAUAGCAGACUUUAUGCUUGUGUGGCUUCCUGCUCCUACUGUUGCCCUUCGACCACCUAUUGCAGUCAGUGCUGGCCCUAUUGCUAAGUUCUUCUACAGCUGUCCUGAUAAUGCAUUUCAGUUGGCUUUGGCUGGAACAUCGUAUUCAUUUUUGCAGAGAGUAGGUGCAAUAGUGCGUAAUGGAGGAAAGCUAUUUGCCGUUGGAACAAGUGCAUCUCUGGUUGGUGUAGGUGUAACAAACGUAUUAAUUAAUGCAAGAAAGGCUUUGGAUAAAUCGUUUGCUGCAGAAGCAGAGGAUGUGCCUAUAUUAUCUACCAGUGCUGCCUAUGGUGUCUAUAUGGCAGUGUCUAGCAACCUAAGGUACCAAAUACUUGCUGGAGUUAUUGAACAAAGAAUUCUAGAGCCAUUGCUGCACCAACACAAGGUUAUUCUGAGUGCAGCUUGCUUUGCUGUUCGAACUGGCAACACUUUCUUAGGGUCAUUGAUGUGGGUGGAUUAUGCCCGUUGGAUUGGAAUCCAAAAGAGUCGGGAGUGAACAGAAAAAUUAGGUUUCUUGUGGUACAGGAUUCAUUGGAAUAAGAGGUGAAUCAUUGGUCUUUGUUUUUUAUCAUUGAUUUUGAUUUUUGAAGGUGAAAGGUGGUUGUGAAUUUUUAUGAAAUUUUCAGUUAAUUUAUGUAUUUUAUUGAGAAAAUAAAAAAUUCAUGCUUUAUAUAUA